UAUAAUUUUAUUACGCGCUUUGUUAUUUUUAUUUAUUUACAAAUUGAAUAGUAAUUUAAUAUUGUUUAUUUAAAUAAUAUUUGGUUGAAUACUAAAAUAUAGUUUCAGAAGAAUAUUGAAUAUUGUAAGAAAAAAAAAAAACAGUUGUUUCAACAUGUCCAGAAGAAAACCCCUUACCGCAGAUGAAAAACAAGUCAAACUAUUGGAACUUUUCCAUGAAACUAAUGACAUUUAUCAGUUGAAAGAUUUGGAACGUUUGGCUCCUCAAGAAAAGGGUAUAGUAAUGCAAUCGGUUAAAACUACUUUACAAGAAUUGGUAGAUAAUGGUUUAGUACAUAGUGAAAAAAUAUCAGGCAGCUUGUACUAUUGGUCAUUUCCCAGUGAAAACAUAAAAAAAUUGGGAAAACAAAUAAAUGAAGUCGAAUCAAAGACCAUUAAAAUAGAACAGCGCUUGCAAGCCACACAGUCUCAGUUAAAAAAUGCUGAGGAUGCUUUGGAGGAUUUGGCAGCCGUUGAAGUUAUCUCCAGAGAAAUUGCCGUAUUAAAGGACGAAAAAGAAACUUUGGAAAAAAAACUUCAGGAAUUUCAACACGAGGUUGACUAUGAGGAAUUAAAAGCGAAAGAAUGUGACACCAAGAAAUUGCUGGAAGCCGCUAAUCGUUGGACUGACAAUGUCUUCAUAACAAAAUCGUGGUGUAAACGUAAAUUUGACAAACAAGAUCGUGAGCUAAACAAAGUGUUUGGUAUACCUGAAGAAUUGGAUUAUGUUGAUGUCUGAGGGAGAGCAGUUUACUUACUUACCACUCAACGAGAACUCCUUUCAUAACAUUCACCAUGUCUUAAAUUUAUUAUGCAUUUAAGGUAAACGGAAAGAUGUUUUGUUAAUUUUUAUGACAAUUCUUUAACUUCUCUAAUAUUUUGUUUUUCUUGUUCUUUAUUUGUGUUGUAAAUGUCUCAAGUAUUCACUUACUGAGUACUCGCUUAAAAAUGACAAUACUACAGGGUUGCCUUUGGUAUAGUAUUUUUUAAAAAUAAUGUAGCAUUGUCAACUAAGUGCUUUUAAAUUUUUUUGAAGCGAGUUAUAUCAAGUUCACACGAUGAGUUGAAUUUUUUAGAAUAUGUUAAAUUUUAUGUACAUAUAUCUUCCAUUGUCUUGAAAUAAAUGUUUUUUUUCUGUUUGGGAUGGUAA